CCUCCGCCCAACAACCCCCGUCGCGAACUGCUUUUGGUGUUUAUGUUGGUUCCUCCGAACGACGCCACGAGAAUUGGUCGCGACCGCGCUUUCAGCCGCAGGUGACAUUUGAGUCCCCGAGCCCGACGCCCGGAGGACAAGCUAUGAACGUGCCGGUCUCCCGAGCCGUCCGGAAUCGCGAUCGGUUGUGGGGACCCGAGCCGACGUUUCUGCCCCCAGGAUGACGCCGAGCCCCGAGUCUGUCCGACAGAUGGCUCCAGGCCAAGUGCCCCAUUGGUCCCCUCCGUGGAGGGAUGCUCACCUACCAUUCUUGCUCCUGACCCCACUAAUGGGCCUUCCCAGUUGGGCCUGGGGCCGCUUGAGGGGCCUUGAACCCCUGAAGUCCUGGCUGGUGGAACCACCUGGGGAUCCACAUACUACCGAGGCUUUGGAGACCACAGCCGCCACAGCUGAGAAGGAUGGAGAAGUAUUUGGUGGGCCUGGCCAGGACCCAAGAGCCAGCAGUCCUUGCCCAGAAGUCCCAGGCCUUUCUGAUGAGAGAGAGCCCUGCGGGGGAGCAACAGCCAGUGUCCAGCCUGUUCUCCCGGGCCCUGGUCCUCAGCAAAGAGCUCUGUGUGACCCCUCUGAGGAGAAGGGAUGCAAGGAAGGAAAAGUUGUCAUGGAGAAAGCAGCAAGCACGUUCUCGCCUCCCUCCCACUGGCCAGCCACGGCACAGGAGGGAGCUGGGAAGGCAGUCAGGACAGGUGCUGACCAACAGCCGAGAGUGGCUGUAGCUUGGAGCCCGCUGCCCGGGAGCUGGCAGCCACAUUCUGCUUGGACCGCAGCAGGAGCUGGAGACCAGGAGUCCCAGAAGGCCCGGGUGGGCCAGCUGGGAGCAGACAAACAGGAAGAGGAGAAGGAAGCAAAGGAAGAGGAUUCCAGAGCCGCUGAGAAGGGAGAAGGCCAGGGUCCCUUUUCAGUCCCCCCAAGUCCAUUCUUGAGGCCCUGGGUGUACCCGCCAGAAGACAGCACAAAGAAGAGUGAUUCCGGAACAGAGGGAGAGAAGGCAGAAGCUGAGGAUCCCUUUUCCAUCCCCCCGACCCCCUUCCUGAGACCCUGGGUGCACCAGCCAGGAGAGGACACGGAAAACGAAGAGGAAGAGGAGGACGACGAGGAGGAGGAGGAGGAGGAGGAUGAUUGUUGGGGAGCAGCAGAGGGAGCAGCUCAGGCUCCAGCUUCUCUCCCAGGUGCCUCCCAGAAUGUCUGUACGUUUUUCCGGGGAGAAGAUACGGAUGAGGAGGAAGAGGAAGUGGAGGAAGAGGAGGAGGAAGAGAGUGAUAUGGGAGAACAUGAGGGUCCCUCUUCUCUCCCAGGUGCCCCCUUGACUACCCCCAUGGCCUGUCCAGGAAAAGACUGGGGAGAGGAUGAUGAUGGCAAGAAGGAUGAAGUGGAAAAGAGGGAGGAUGGGGAAUCGGGAGUCACACAGGGCUGCUCUUCCCUCCCAAGCACCUUCCUAAGGAAUUGGAUGUACUUGCCAGGGGAGGAGGAAGAGGAGGAGGAGGAAGAAGAAGAAGAAGCUGCUGAUUCCAGACCAGGUGCCUCUCAGGCUGCCUGGGGCCCCGCCAUUGACCAACCUGUGGAGCCUCGUCCCUUCCAAGUGUCCUUCUAUUUACCUGGGGAGAAGCCGCCACCCUCCUGGGCUCCCCCUCAGCCCCCACUCUGGCUAUGGCUGCGACUCCACUGCACCAAGCCCUGUGCCCCGCCUCCAGAACCUGCAGUGCCUGUGAAAGAGAGAAAGGUACGUUUCUCAGAGAAGGUGACAGUCCACCUGCUAGCUGUCUGGGCAGGCCCUGCGCGUGCUGCCCGCCGGGGCCCGUGGGAGCAGAUGGCCCGGGACCGCAGCCGCUUCGCCCGCCGCAUUGCACAGGCCCAGAGGGACCUGGGUCCCUGCCUCACUGCUGUGGCCCGCGCCAGAGCCAGGGUCCGCCUCAGGAAACUCGCAGCGUCCCAUCCCACCCCAAACGCGACCACCUCCUCGGACCCCCUCCCAGCCACACCCCUGAGCCCGGCAGUGGCCUCCCCCUGCCCCCCUCCCGUGCCUGAUUCUCCUAGCCUGGACCUCAAUGAGAGGCGUGGCUGAGAUUCAGUGAUGUGCCUGCUAUUUAUUUAUUUAUUCAUUUUAUUUAAGCUCUUUGUAGAUGGAAUAAAACC